AUGGAGCGGAUCGAAAAUGUGUUAGCCGAGGCUGGACACGAAGUGGUAAGCCGGAAAUAAUUUUUUUUUUUUUGGUUUAUUAAGCGAAUCGCUUAAAUUAAGUCACUUGUCGGGAAAAUAAUGAGCACCCUCUCGCUUCAAAAAUCGCAUCGCCGCCGAAAAAAAAUGUACAGGGUGUUUCAAGAAAUUCCCCGGAAAGUAUACGUCGAUUUCUCGGCGCUCAGCCAUGAUAUCCAAAAAUCUUCUUUUGCAGUAGAAAGAAGGUUAUGGGCGGUUUUUUUGCCUAAAAAGAUUUCUUUUCUACGCCGACGCGGAAUGCAGUGUAUUCGGCGAAGACUUUUGAUCGCUUUUUUGACCAUCACACUAAUCUCAAACGCUUUACUGUGACACUGCAGCAUCCGGAAAGUCUUCAGAUUUUUUGCACAAUGGAUCAGGAGGCAGGGUAUAACGCUAUGCGAUCCCAUUAAGCAACUGCACAGUGCAAUGCAGUCGCUGCAACAUCGAUAAAGUCGGAGCACACCGCGCGGAUGUUUGAAACAGCAGGACAAAGAGAAAUUUAAACAAACAUUUUUUUGUUGUUUUUCUGGUGCACCAAGUGCUUCCGUGAUGACUAGACAUCUGCCAAGGCUUGACCACAAAAUUUUGGAGGGUAUACGAUACCUGCAGAAAAUGCUUGCCAGACAAUGUCGGCGUAGAAAAAAAUCUUUGUAGGCAAAAAACCGCCCAUAACCUUCUUUCUACCGCAAAAAAAAUUUUCGGAUAUCAUGGCCGAGCACCGAGAAAUCGACGAUUACUUUCCGGGGAAUUUCUUGAAACACCCUGUAUUGUGUCACGGCAAAAUCAAAUUGCUUUUCUCUUCAGCGACACGAAUGGCGUAGUGCCAUUGCGCUCAUUAUUUUCCCGACAUACUGGUAAUAUUCAAAUGGCUGAUAAAUUUAGGUGAAUUUCCAACCCUUCUUUCGGGAGUCGGGUCACACUGGAGUCCUACACAAGAGCAUCAGGACAAUAAAUUAUACAUUCAAAGAGGGGCCGUUGACCAAUCAACAAAUGGGAAAUCGGGGAGGACCGGCCAGAUUCCUGGAGGGCGGCUUCAAAUGGAAGGAGUUGUUUGUUAGUGUAAGUUGGUGGGCGUGAAUUUUUUUGAGCUUUUCACAGCUCUGUAUAUUUAUUCGAUGCUGACUUAUGGCCUCUUCGAUAUGUCACGCGUCGGCCAAACAAGCCACCGCAUAUUACACUCCUUCUGCGUUGGUGUAUAAAUUUUUUUUGACAAAAUACCGAGCAUCUUCUUAUUUCUAUGUAAUAUAUAAAUACCGCAAAAAGAUUUUUUUUUGAAUAUCUUGGCUGGACAUUGAGAAAUUGCCAAAAUUUUUUUCUAGUAGGCUGACACUUUGGUUAAACCAAGUAUAAUAAAAAACGUUGGCUCUUCAUGAGAGUUUUGCCCCCUAAAAAUUUCAGUUGUUUCUACAAACUGCGAGCUAGGAAUCUUACAUACGUCUUCGAAAAAAUUACCGCCUUGCGCCAAGUUUUCUAAGAACCACAGCAACGAAAUUGAGACAUCUUCCUUGGUAAAAAAAGUUCAAUUUCAGCCGGUCCAACCGAUGGGAAGGCGCUAUCGAGAGUUCUGCAUUGAGAUGGUGACAGACGACGAGUUCAUGGACAAGCUGGCUGCCGAAAACUUUGACCUCCUCAUCUUCGAAUUCUUCACUGCCGCCGGCGCUGUGAUUGGAGAGAGGUUGGGGAUCAAGAAACGGAUUAUGGUAUCAAGCAUGCCGUUGCAAUUUGAGCUGGCGAAAUUGUUGGGAAUCCCAUCAACCCCGUCGUUUGUUCCGGGUGAGAAUUUUUGGAUAUUUGUAAAGAAUGGUCGUCAAGAAAGAGCAAUUUCUAAGUCCCAUUUUAAAAGCAGUUUUUGGAAAACGACUAUCGAUAUUUUUUCUGAUUUUUAGAUGGAAUUCACACCGAAAACGUCAAAGGCUUCAUUGGCCGGCUCAAGUCUUGUGUGGGUGUCAUCAGGACCACAAAUUUUAUAAGAGGGCUCACGUAUAGCCAGGGGGAAGCUUUGAAAGCGGUCCGGACGAAUAAGUCUUUCAAGGUAAGCCUUUUUUUAUCGUCUGUCGGAAAAAUAAUGAGCAUUCUGUCGCAUCGAAAAUCGCAUUGCCAUUGAGAAAAUGAAUUGUGUCGUGGCAAAACCAAAUUGCUUUUUUGCUUUAGCGACGCGAUUUGCGCAACGAGAUUAUGCUCAAUAUUUUCCCAAUAGACUGAAAUAUUUUGAUGUUUUCACAAAGUGCAUGGGCAUGUUAUCACGACCCGGACGGUCGGCGAUUUAGCGGUUUCGGCUCGAAAAUAAUUUUUCAAAACUUUGGGAAGGCAAAGGUCAAUUUAAAAUAUAUGUUUUUCAGUCGGUUCAAAAUGGCGGAUCUCAGCUACCGAAAAAUCAAAAUUUUAGAAAAAUCGGCGGAGUCUCCGCGGAGAAAUUCAAAGAAACAACUUGUCAGUUUCAAGUGGUGCACCCUGUAUCUCUAAAGUCUUCCAGUACUUCCAAUUUUAAUCAGCUCUGAUUACAGGAGAUCCUAGCGACCUGCUCCUACUUCUGGGUCAACACCGACGAAUUUGUCGACUUCCCAAGGCCAAUUUCCCACAAGUACAUCAAUAUUGGAGGCCUUGGAAUGGCGGACAACCUGAAGAAAGCGACCAAAUUGCCGGAUGAAAUUGAAAAUGUUUUCAAAAAGGCCAAGAAAGGAGUAAUAUUGGCGUCGUUCGGAACAGUUACGAAAACCGCGGAGUUGCCGGAGAGUUACAAAAAGGGAAUCUUGAAUGCUUUUGCCGAGUUCCCGGAGGUGGAAUUCAUAUGGAAGUACGAGGAGUCGGCCGAUGGAUUACCUGUGGUGAGUUACAGAUUUGGGCAAGAUGACAAAUGUUUAUGGAGAAAAGGAUACAAAGAAACUUUUGUACAGAAAUUUAGAGGAGGCCAGAAAAUUUUUAUUCGCUAUAUCAGUAUGUCGGGAAAAUAAUGAGCACUCUGUCGCAUCAAAAAUCGCAUUAGAAAAUGAAUUGUGUCGCGGCAAGAUCAAAUUGCUUUUCACUUCAGCGACGCAAUUGACGCAGCGACAUUGUGCUCACUAUUUUUCCGACAGACUGAUAUUAGUAUUUUCAUAAAGUCCCCGGACCUGUUGCCUUACUCUGCAUCGUGCACAAAACCCGUCAUUUUGCAUUGUGCAUAUCACCCUUCUUUUUUCUUCGCAUUGUGCGUGAAGAUACCAACGGAAAGGAUCGAACGCAGACUUUUACUCUAAAAUUGACCGCACGGCAUCAGAAGUUGUUUUUAUAGGCAGGUUUUGUUACAGUUGUACACAGGUUAAAGAUACUUUGUUUCGUAGAAGCUGGUUAGAAAGAGGUCCGUAAAAAACGCAGAAAAUGUGAUGGCGUAUAGUGCUAAUUCAGCGACUGUAAUCAAACCUUUUGUCGAUAACUUUUAGAGUCUUUUUUUCGUAGAAAAAAUCACUUGUCAUUGAACCUAAAACUCUGAGUCCAAAAUUGCAAAAAAAAGUUUUUUUCUUUGCUUUCUUCUCCAUACCCCACCUAGAAAUCAUUUCCAAUUUUUUUCUAACUUUCAGCCCCUUCCAUCCAACGUCUAUCUCUCCGACUGGCUCCCUCAACGAGACAUCCUCCUUCAUCCCAAAACCCUUGGCUUUAUCACUCAUGGAGGAAUGAACAGUAUCUCCGAGGCGACGUGGAGUGGAGUCCCGACAAUCGUUGUCCCAUUAUUCGCGGAUCAGCACAGAAAUGGGGCCAUGGCCAAGAGGAAGAAGGUGGGGGAAGUGUUGAGUAAAUUGGACUUGGCCAAGACCGACGUUAUUGUGGAGAAGAUUGGGAAAUUGGUGAACGAUGAAAGGUAUGGGAUUUUUGGAUUUUUUUAUGGCAAAAAAAAUUUUAACGUUCUAUCGGGAAAAUAAUGUGGAUUUCGCGCAGAUCUUUUUUCUCAUGCGUUUCCCGACAGAAUUUUCAUUUUUUUUUAUUUUUUUAUUUUUUGGAAGACUGAAAAAAUAAUUUUUUUUAUUUUCUUUAUUUUUCUAUUUUUUUUUCUUAUUUUUUAAAAAUUUCUCCAUUUUUCAACAUCAAAUACCCCAAAAAAUAUAUUUCCAACUUUCAGUUACAAGGAGAACGCUCAAAAAUUGGCCCAGAUCAUCCGAAACAAGCCAAUUUCGCCGGAACAACGGGUGGUUCAGACGGCCGAAUUCGCCGCCAGAUAUGACAUUGAAGAGCAUUUGGAUAUGGACGGAAGAAAACUGAGUACGAUAGAGUAUUACAAUAUUGAUAUCAUUCUUGUGGCUGUUGCCGUCCCCGCCGCAUUUGUUUGGCUCACUUCUUACCUGCUUUUCUGA